AUGUCUUUCCCCCCCCCAAACUACGCGACAAACCGAUCCGAGGAGCGAAGUCCCACGAUCUCACCUCGAGAGCAAGGAAGAGAAGAGAAGGGAUUCAGACACACCGAGAGCGCCGCUUCCCAGAGCUCCCUACACCACCGCUUCUCCUUCCUAGGUCCGCCCCUUCCAACCCCGGCAGAGGCCCCCCCUCCCCUCUGCCUCUUGACGCCAGAGAGUAUUACUCUCUCCCCAUUCCCUAGUAACCACGUCCUAACCCGAUCCGAAUCCGAACGCGCAUUCCCGACCCGGCACGACUCUCCUCCCUCCCUCCCUCCCACGCUCGAUCGGACUCGACUCGACGCCAGCGAUCUCCGGCGAAUACCGUCCCUCCUCGCCCUCCACGAAGCUCCUUCUCUCCCAUUCCCUCCAGCCCCCGGGGCUCCCCACGGCGAUCUAGACUCGAUUCCCGCUCCCCCCCAGCCUACCCCAUCCCUAUACCUAGAGUAG